GAAGAAGACCAACGAUAUAUUUUCUUAAGCUUCAGAAUUGCGAUUGCGACCCAGGGCGAGCCAACGCAAGGAACCCUGGAUCUAUCUAGAAGCAAACAUUCUGGUUUGAUUUUUCUGGAAUAACCCGCCCCAAGAUUCUUCGGAAACCCGCCCCUCGUCGAGCUUUCGAUAAUCACCGCACUAUCCAACCUCAUUCGCAAUGUCUGGAAACCAGAACGAGUCCGCCGCGUGGCCCAAGGCAGAAGGCGCCCUCGGACAGGAGCUGCUCGACCUUGUGCAGCAGUGCAGCCAUUACCGCCAGAUCAAAAAGGGCGCCAACGAGACGACCAAGUCGGUCUCGCGAGGUACCAGUGAGCUGGUCAUAUUGGCGGCUGACACAACGCCGCUGGCCAUCCUUCUUCAUCUGCCUCUUUUGGCUGAGGAUAAGAACGUCCCUUAUAUCUACGUCCCUAGCAAAUUGGCGCUUGGCCGUGCCUGCGGCCUCUCGAGAGCCGUGAUCUCGGUGAGUAUCACCUCGAACGAAGGGUCCGACUUGUCUGGCAAAAUCCGUGCCAUGAGGGACAAGGUUGAGCGCAUCGCCAUGUAAGGAAAUGCGGUGGCCUUUUGGGUGGCGUUGUUUGGUUCUGCAAAAUAUUACUGUGGGAGGGGCUCUUCAAGGGUUUGUUUUGGGUCGGAAUGAUUCAUUUCCAGAUUACUAUGGAGAGCUCGGUCAUGGAUUUUUGGGAAUUGCGUAUGGAUCUUUUUGUCUGCCGGGACCUGCUUCCGGCCGGGCGCUGUCAGGAAAUAUAAGCGUCUUCGCGUGAAGCGCCUUGACAGAGCUGCUUCUGCCUAGUCAAUGCCAUCGAAGCUGAA